AUGGAAAAUGAAACAGAUGUCAUAUCUUCAUCAUCAUCAACAUCAUCAGUAACGCCAAAUGAAAAAUGUGUUCAUUUUCCAAGAAUACGGAAAUUAUUAAAAAGAUUUACCAUUAAAAAGCAUCAAAAUGUUAUUGAUAGUAUAAAUAUUAAUUUUAAAAAUACAAAAAAUACAAUAUUUGUUGUAAUAGAAAAUUAUAAAGCUUUGUCACAAAGUCAUAUUUCUGUUAGUAAAGGACAAAAAGUUAUUCUUUUGGGCAAUUCAUCGCCAAAUGAUGAAAAUGUAAAUGUUGCUUUAUUACCAUCUGAAAAUUUUCUAUCUCCAUCAAAUGAUACUGGUAUUCAAGGAAUAAUUCCUAUGAGAAUUUUAGCAUGUAGUGAAAAUGAAAAUAAAGGUUAG